AUGUUCCAAAGCGCAUGUGUAACAGCUCCAGAUAUCACGAUCACGCAGGCGACACCGACGAAGGAUCCAAGCGUAACUAAGGUAUCUACCACUCCACAAGGGAGCAAGAGUUCACCCCACCGUCUGUUAUAUCGCGGGGCUCUGUCUCUUCCAGACUCUCAUCUUCUUCUCGACGGAUUGACGUUCUUCGCGCGUCUUGGUGACAAUGCUACGAAUCCCAAUGGUAUCAGCACAAUGGAGCUCUUGGAUAACCCCUUGGCACUCGCCUUGGAGAGUAUGCGUGGAAGGCCCACCUUGCGAUUCAAAGGGACCACGAAACUAAAGGACUUUUGGUUGGACACUUCUGGUGAUGUUUGUAUGGACAUUCACCCUUACGCUACUCUCACUCGUGUAUACUUUGAGAACAUACUCUGCCUAACUCCUAUCUCAUCUCUUGAUGGAAGGAGCGAUUCAGGUAUCCGCGUUUCUCUUGGAGACAGUGACGGCCCAGACACGACCGAGAUCAUCAUCUACGGCAAACUUUCUCAUGAAUGUCUUCCAUCCACCUCAGCCUCUCCUCCCGUGCAGAUCCACGUCGCACGAAUAACGACCGCACCCCGUUCUGUUCCACGCCGUCCCCGGCCUGACGAUCCUACACCUCGCAAACCUCCAUCUAUACUCAGUGCUAAGCGUUCACUUGAUUCAUAUGACAUGGUCAAUAAUAGUAAACGAAUCAAGUCCAGUUUGGGCACAGGGAAAGGGAAGGGAAAGGCCGUAGAUGAAGACGAAACUCUUAAGAGAGCGAGAGAAGUGAUGUUGCACUUGCCCAGACAAGGUUCAGGGACGAUAUCACAGAAGGGCGAACCAGUGUUCAAAGUUCCUUUACUCCCUUCAAGAGCUGUAUUGAAGCCAAAAGGCGGCGGUAAAGGGAAAGUUAAUCCCAAUGUAGAGAUAGACGUUUUCGGUGCAGUUGGUCAUCUGGAUAGCAAGGACAAGAAUAAGAGGAAAGCAGAAGAGAAUGAUGCUCUUGUGGAAACCGAGGAAAGUGCAUGCGAUUUUGAGCAAGCCAACAAAGUGGUGAUCAAAAAGACAGCGGUGAAGUACCUUGGUGCUGCAGGUAUCGGAAAAAACCACCCCGAGUUCAAGGAACUAUUUGGUUUCGUUUACAGAGGGACAUCAUUUGCUCUACGGACGAAGAUCAAAGUGUUGCAUAUGAGCGGUAAAAUGGUGAAUGAUUUAGUUGAUGCACAUGUCAAGUUGUAUAUUCCCCCAUCGGAAGGUGGCUCCAGUUAA